AUGUCACUGAGUACAAAGUCCGUUAAGGCACUGUUACAUAAAUCGUAGUUUGACCCGUACUUUUAUUGUUAUUGCACACAAUGAAUUGGUCACACAAUCGUUAUUCAUGCUUGAUUGAAGUGAUAAUUUGUAUGCAGUUUCCAGUUCCAGUUGGCUUACAAGUUGUAUUCACUGGGUUAUUAAGAGUACUCUGCAGUGUUGCUGAAGACGACCAAGGUGUAGGCCUAUUUCUUCUGUUGAAGAACAAGGACAUAAGACAUUAUGAGCUCCACGGACAGUUUUGUUGAGGAGGAACCCAAAAUGGAAAAGAUUGAUACAAGACCUUUCUUGCAACGGCGUCAUGACGUUGUUGCUUGGUGUCUUGGUGUUCUGUUUAUCAUCGCUGUCGUGGGUGGUAUGUUUGGCUUUGGAGCUCUCCGUGGCUGGGAUGCAAACUCUGGCUGGACUCACAAUGAGAGUUUGACAUCGGAGGAACGAUUCUUACCAGAGCCGUUUGAGCCAGAGCCUGGUGUGCCUGGUCGUUACGGAGACGAUGCAGCAGCUCGAUGGUAUUACUGGAAAUUGCCUCCAAAUCAGGUCACUGAGUGGUCCAGGACAGCAGUCUGGUUGUGUUAUUCUUGUCAUCAGAUGCUUAUGUGGGGCUGUAUCUUCUACGGUCAGAAACAGAAGCUUGUCUGGCAGUCCAACACGGCACCUCGUUACUCUGGCAAGUUGGAAACCUUUAAUUACGUCGCAUUGAUCAUCAACGCUGUGUUUCAUCUCUUACAUCUUGGACAGACUCACUGGACCUACGAUGCCACGGCUCAAGACGUCUCAGUUGCUAGCUCACAGAGUUCCGUCAUCAUGUUGAUUGUCUUGGUCUUGGUCUUAGAGUAUCGCGAUCGAGGGCUCGCGUUUGGCUGGCCUACUGUCAGAAACACUGAUCGUGUUAGUCGGUUCCUGCUUCUCCCUAAAGGCACUGUGAAUCUACUACGCAAGUACCACGGCUAUGCCUUUGCUUGGGCUGCCAUCUACACUUUCUGGUACCACCCUAUGGAGAAUACCUGGGGCCAUGCCAUGGGUUUCGCUCACACCUUCAUGAUCAUGCUUCAAGGCAGUCUGAUCUACACCAAAAUGCAUUUGAAUCGUUACUGGCGUCUGGCUUUAGAAUCAUGGGUCAUCCUCCAUGCUAGUGUCGUAGCCUCUCAGACUGGUGGUCCUGAUCUUAAUGGUACCCUUCUCUGGCCGAUGUUCUGCUUUGGGUUUCUCUGGCUGUUCACCAUGACACAGGUUUAUGGACUGCCGUUCUGGAAGAAGCUGCCAUCUUGGGUCCGCCCUACUCCCUUCGUGAUCUAUCUAGCUGCCACUAUUGGGGUAUACUCGACCCUGCCAGAUCGCCAGGGAAGAUACUGGAUACGAUUGAAUGAGAUCAUCCGUAUACCAGGCAUUGAGUACCUCGCUGUGCUGUUUUCUUGGGUUCUCAUCGAGUUCCUCUUAUUCAUCGAAAGAAAGGCCCAAGCCAACACCAGACCUGAGCCACUCAGCCCAGCUUGGGAAGCCCUCUACCUCAUGUUCAUACUUCUCAUCUACGUCUUAAUGAUAACGCUUAGCUCCCUGGUUCAGAUUCUGGACUUGCAGAUGAGUCUCAUCUUACUCAUGGUCAUCUUAGUCUUCGUCUUCAUUGUGGGCGUGUCUGUCUCCAGUAUGCUACUGAAGCAGUGUUUCCGUCGGCCGGCUGGUAAACCGGCAGUGGCACCAGCUAAGGGUCAGAAUGAUGUCGGAGAAACUAAGUAUGGCACAAAUGAAAAAGAGAGUGGCAUAGAGAAUGUAGGACUUGAACAAUAAAUCCAAGUUUUACCUCAACACAAAUUUAAAAGGUACUUUCUAAAAAGUUACAGAUAGUACUUUUGUAGGCCUACCAAUACUAGCACUGAGAUUACUUUGUCAAAAUGUUUGACUACAGAAAUAAUUGCCUUCAUUAGGCAUCAAAAUAAUGUCUAAUAGACACUGAGCGGCUAUCUGAGCUUUUCAUCUUCAGUGGUUACCACUCUGGUGCACUCACUUCUGUAUGCAAAGAGAUAAGAGACAGUGAUGAUAUCAAGUUUGGAUCCCAUGUUUGCCUAAGUAUCUUUUUGAUGUCCAGAUCUUGCAUUUAUUCUGCUACACAAACCGAUUUCUGAUUCAAAAAGAAAGUUACCUAUUGAGAAAAAAAGAUUUUACAAAAUAUGUGGCUCUUUCCAUAAAGUACAUAUCACUGACUAGUAACUCUAAACAUUUCCCGUAAUUUGCUUGCUGUGUUCACAAGUUAUGUUUAUUUUAAUACAAACAUCACAGAAUUUGAUCAUUGAACAAGGGCGUUUUGUGCCUUCAUGAAUGAAUGAAAAUUUGAACAGGAAAACAGACAAAAUCACCAUCAUUGUUUCAGAAUAAAAAUUCCUCAUGUUCAAAACUGAAAUCUGAAUGUAAAAAUAAUGUUUCAGUCUUGACAAAAGUUAUAAAAAUCUCGUUUGUAUCUGAAUGCCUGUGUGUAAUCUUUGGUUCUCACUCACCUCAAUAGCUUCAAAUGGCAUUCCGUGGACAGCUGUAAAAAUGGACUUUUAGUCCCCCUCUUUCCAAACGAGUGGAAGAGCAUGCUCAUUUAAUAUAUGCUUUGUUGGUGUGUCAAACUUAAUUGUUUUUAAGGAAGAACAAUUAUGAAUCCAGGUCACUUUUUUUUUACUCACUCUGUAAAAGCCAGAAAAUUGUGCAGAAGUUUUGUAAAAUGUAAAUAUCACGAUUGGAUCACCAUUUGAAGUUGUCUUUCUCACAAUUAUUUGUAUGCAACCAUUUUAAAACUGAUUUUCAGUACUUACAAUUGCCUUUUUAAAAUUGUUACCAAAGAUUUGUUGUAUAUACUGAAAGCACAAUGUAAUCUUUCAUAUUUUUGACAGCAUGCUGAUUAAUUUUUUUUAGAUUUUUCAAAAGAGUGCAGAAUAUUAAUGUAUAUUUAUUACUAAUAUUAUGUGCAACCGGGUGUCAGCAUAUUUCUUUUCUUAAUUGAAUCGAGCUGAACAUCUGUUAAUUUCUGUGGACUAUUUUACACCUAGAAAACACUGAUUUACCCUCAAUAUUGGGUUUAAUGUUGAUUUUACUUCAGACUUUGCUUUAGUAGAUUUUAACAUUCAGAUGUAGUUAUCUUCAGUUUUAUUUGUUUUUGCUUACAUUUAAGUUUGGGUUUUGUUUUUCAACAGUAAGCAGAUUAAUGGGCAUGAUUUGUAACUAAAAUGUGAUUAAUUCCAUCAAACACAUGUCACUAUUUGAUAUGAAGGAGAGGUUAAAAACAAGAUAUACAUAAUAUAAGUUUAUGUUUAAAUUAUAGAAUGGGAAUUCACAGAUGACAGUCAUUUCGUUUUAUUCCAGUGCCUUUUCAAGUUCACUGUUCCUUGGGGUAAUUGUUAUUGAUUGUGAUUGUUAUUGACUGUGAUUGUUAUUGCUAACAAAACAAUUAUAACAGUUUUUUUUUUGGUUCCUUAGCAUUAUUUUAACAUUUUUCUUAAAGAGUUAUGCAUUGUAAAGUGUGUGAAGGAAUUAAUGUUUUGUUCAAUAAAAUGACUACACAUUUCAGUUA